UAUCUUAAUCCAACAGCGUAUAAGAUUGUGCCGCGUACGUGUGCCCCAUUGUCGCUGCUUUCUCAAUAGAAGACCUCAAAAAGGAAAUCAAUUAAACCCACUCUGAAUAUAUAUACAUAUAUAUGUAUGUAUACAUAUGCAAGAGCAUAUAUAUAUUUUUAUAGUUCUUGAAGAUCAGAGAAUUCCUUUCAUCCCCCGGACGAGAUUGUUGAAGAAUCAAUCAUGGGUCGAGAUCAGAAGGAAACCUGUGAAGCUGAAUCCUCUAUCGGAGAAUAUUCUUCGGACUCCAUUGGGUCGUCUUGUUCGUCGGAAUUGGUUGAGGAUGCAUCCUCUUCUUCCCUGUCUUUCGCUUGCUCGACGUCCAGCUUUUCGUCAGGCUGCGAUUCCUCGGCUUCUCCUCCGGAUAACGGCUGCGAUGGGCCGCUGUAUGAAUUAUCGAAGCUGAUGGCUCACCUCCCCAUCAAGAGAGGUCUUUCCAGAUUUUAUGAAGGGAAGUCCCAGUCUUUCACAUCCCUAGCAAGUGUGAGGAGCAUAGAGGAUUUGGCCAAGGAGGAAAACCCGGGACGGAAAAGGUUGAAGCUUAGUAAGAGCUACGUCGAGGAUUUAGAUCACAGGCACAAUUCAUCGUUGUAUAGUCCAAAGUCCGCGAGAUCGAACACCGCUUCACGCGUCAACUCGUCGCCCUUUUCUCCGUCUUCAAAUAGUACGAGAGGUCGACCGAGUCCGCUGGCCCUUCACCGUCCUAAAAAUUAGAACCUCCUCCAAGUAUUGCUUCUCAUUAGUUUAUCCUUUUGUAAUGACAUAAUAGCUGGUAGCCUGUAAAUCGAAAUUUCGGUCAAAGGUCAAUUUUACAUGCAACUAAAUUGGCUUGUCAUACAAGAAAAGGGCUUGCAAUUUCUUGGCAAGAUAAUGGAAGGAAAGCUCGGGGUUUAGACAGGUAGGGAAGAUUACAAUAUUAUCUUGUUAGGAAAUUUUGCAUUGUAGAUUAUGGUUGUAAAAUAUUUACGGCUGUAUAGCGGUCCAAUUAAAUAUUUUAACGUAAGAGCUUUCCAUUUGUGAAUUUGUGGAGGGAAUUCUUAAAGAUCUAAGUAAAAGAUAGCCAUCACCCUCUCCUGCUUCGUAGGCCUCAUUUCUUGGAAAGAAAUAUUUUACUUUAA